UUAUUAUCAGUUAUGAUAACUAUACAAUUUUCCCUCUGCAAAUUUAAUUCGAAACGCAUUUCUCUACACGACAACUUCAUCAGUUGAACUGGUACAUCAAACUAUUCUACAAUGUAAUUCAUAUAACAGGACCUGGAAACUACUACAUAUUUUUCUUGUUAUGAACCUGUUGAACUAUUGUGAAGCAAUUUGUGAAGACACUGAAGAAACAGAAACUACUCAUGUACUUCAACAUUAUGAUAACUACGGACGAUACGUACCUGAACAAACUAGUGUAUCACUUAUCAACUUGACAGUUGUUUGUCAAGAAGUUGAGCUACCAAUGACCUGGUCUAAGGAAAGCGGUUCAGAAUAUGAUUGUGAAAAUUGCCCCAAAGUGAUGAAAAUUUUCAACUCAAAUAUAUCUACCAUCCCUUCGUCUGCUUUUGAAGGAUUAUCAAGUUUCACAGUUCUGCGGAUCAGCAAUGUUCGUUUGGAAAAAUUGAAGCCAGGUGCUUUCAACUCCUUGCAUUAUUUGGAAGAGUUGUAUCUAAACGAUAAUAAGUUGACAUCCAUAGGGGCAGGAAUUUUCAAUUCUUUGACAAAUUUAAAAAUUUUGGAUCUGUCUAUUAACAAAAUUGAAAAUAUAGAUAUUGACACCCUAACAGGAUUGCCAAAUUUGAGAGAGUUGAAUAUAUCGUCAAAUCGCUUAGUUUCUUUCGAAAGUGCUAUUCUGGAUCAAAAUAUACUAUUACUUGAAUAUAUUGAUUUGAGUUCCAAUCUGUUAAAAAAUAUUGACAUUCCCACAGUUUCUACUAAAAUAAAGAAUAUGGAUCUUUCUAUCAACAAUAUAAGUGAACUAAACUUCUGCCCUUUCGAAUUAGAAUCACUGAAAAUCAGUAAUAAUGAUAUUGCAUGUCUGGGAAAUUCGCAUUGUUCAACUAUUUUUCGAAUUGUUAACUUUGAUGCUAGUUACAACAAAAUUGCAGAAUUGAAUUCUAGCAUAUUUUUGAAUCUGACUGAUCUAAAAUACUUGUAUCUGGAAUUCAAUAACAUUUCUUCAAUUCCAACAGGACUAUUCUCAGAUAUGAAAAAGUUAAAGGUACUGAAUUUGUCACAUAACCAACUUCAACAAUUUCAACACGGCACUUUCGAAAAUUUGGAAAACUUAGAGAUUCUGGACAUAUCAUAUAACAAAAUUAUCACAUUGAAAAGGUAUUUGCAUCCUCUUAUAAAUUUGAAGAAAUUAUACAUACAAGGAAACAAAAUAAUUUUUUUGAAUGGGGAACAACUAUCAACAGAUUUACCAAGCUUAUCCUUUAUUUCUUUGGAAAGUAAUACUUUUUCUUGCAGUAGACUAAUCGAGGUGAUAGCCAGUUUCCGAAAGAACGCAGUGGUUGUAGAAUAUGGUAAAGCUAAAACCAUAUCUAAUAUCCAUGGAAUUACUUGUUUUGAUGACGAACAUUCUAAAGAUUCAUCAACUAGGGCGACAGUUGAUGUGAGUUCAAAGUUUGAUAACAUCCUUUCAAAAUUACAGCAAUUAUUGAACGGAGAUUUGAGAAAGUCUGUUAUGAACGAUUACUUCAACAAAGAGUUCAAAAACAGCAGCUUCUAUAAAUACUUGGAAAGUUUUCACAGGGUGGAUUUACCAAAAUUCAAUGAAACUGCCCUAUUUCAUUAUCUGAAUGAUGGAUUCGAUAAUAGUAAAUUUUUCAAAUACUUGGAAGGUUUGGAAAAAAAAGAUAAUUCUACUAACGAAUUCAAUAAACGUGUGCUCGAGUUACUUGAUAGUAAUACGAAGAACUUUACUGAAUAUCUGAAUGAAUCGAAAAAAAAUGGUGAUAUUUUUCUUUCUAAAAACGAAAUGUAUGAUUAUUUCAAUGAGAAUUUCAGGAACAGUUCAUUUUAUAAAUACUUGGAAAACUUAAGGGUUUCUAACGAUAUUUUUUCCAGAAGUUUUGUCAGUGCCGAGGGGCCAUCAGAUUUUGUACUUGGAAAUGAAAACAGAGACCUACUUUUAACUAUAGUAAUAUUUUUAGUGGCUAUAUUUCUGAUUAUGAUAGUGUUUCUAUACCUAGGUUUGAGAAAAACAUCACGUGGAAAUGUUGAACGUGUAGAACUUCUCGAAUCUUGAUACUUCAUCACUGAAUGUUUGUAAAUAAACAUCGAUAAUAUUAUUAA